GGAAGACCUUUCUAAAUGUUUUUAGAAGAUUUUGAUCUUGUGAUCACCAUUUAAGUUUGAUUUGAGGCCAUUUAACAAUGUGAUAAUGGUCAGUUUGGCACCAGAGAGCAGUAGCAGACGAAUGAGCACGGGUGGCCACUUUUUCAAUGCGGACUCCAUCAACAACAGCUCAGAAGAGAUGUUCUCAGAGUAUACGACGUUGAACACGGAGGUUGAACCUCAGAUCAGAUCGAUCAACACGCCAUGGGCGAUCGUGUUACAGUUGGGCGUCAUCCUGAUGAUGGAGAUAGCUGUCUUCGUCGUCCCAGUGAUUUGCCAUCUCAGUUCAUCGUCGGCCUGUAUCAUUGAUGACUUCUCCAUUCUCAUUUACGUGCAUGCUGGAGUUUGGAUCAUAAGUCUCGCCAUCGACCGCUACGUCAGACGUCAACACUAUUUUUCCCGCCGGAAUGGCUACCUGGAGUUCUAUAGAAUCACACGGCAUAUUCGUCGGUCGGCGUUUGUUGUGCUGUCUGGAGGUAAUGUGGUUUUGACUGUUCUGAUGGCAGCCAUCCAGGAUGCCUGUAAAGGGAAGUCGCCGUGCGAAGCCAUCGGGAUUGAGCGCUGCCAUUACCUCCAAAUACUCAUCUCCUUAGAAACUGCCAUCAUUUUGCCUUUAUAUGCUAUUUACCUUGUGCGGACGUGUAAGUUCAAUCGGAUGAGAGCAGCGCCUGACGCAUGUCAAGAUGAAAUAAUGACCAGUUUCCUUGUGACGCAGUCUCAUACCUCAGAGGUGGGCUUUAGAGAUGAGGAUUACCUGGAUGAGGUUUUAGAAAAGCAAGGCGACAUGAUACGCUAUCUACGACAGCACAACGCAAACCUCGGCAAGAAAAUCCUCAAACUUACGGCAGAAGUGAACAAUCGGCCGAGAUAGUGUGACGAUGAUGUGAAAGGAUGGUGUCAAUAAGCUCUGGGGUCUGCCCCAGGUACAGGGCCAGGGGUCGUGGAUGAUGGAAUGGAGCAGUUGCAGCCUGAAAAUAGAAUGAGAAUGAUGAUGUGGUCUGGUGGUCCCAGUAUCAACCCUGACUGCAGAUGAUUUUGUGACCUUUACUAUAGUAGGGCGCUUUCCUUGAUAUGUGAACUGGUGCUUAUAGUAUCUCCCCUUGAAAGCAGAUGAUCUGUAUGACCUUUGGCAGGUCACUUUCCUAAAUGUCAUCGUGUGGUCGUAGUAUCUGCUCCUAAAAGCAGAUGAUCUGUGUGACCUUUGGCAGGGUGCUUUCCUUGAUGAUGUGAUCUUGUAAUCAUACUAUCUAUGCUAGAAAUCAGGAAUCAGUUAGCGAAGGCUAAGGUCUGUAAGACGAAAGAGAAUGAAUAGCUAGGCCUAUGCGUAUCCCAACCAUAGCCUUCCAAGAAACGGAAAUAGGUAACUGAGGUGAGUAGAAUCGAGAAUAAGGAACCAGAAACAAGUAGCCAACUUCAACUUGGUCUAAGCAAUCAGAUAUUAGUUCCUAUACUUAACACUGCAUGGCAGCACCAGUGUCGGUCCGCUCGAUGUAGGUCAUGUCAGAUAUUAGUUCCUAUACUUAACACUGCAUGGCAGCACCAGUGUCGGUCCGCUCGAUGUAGGUCAUGUGGUGAAGCGAUCAGAUAUUAGUUCCUAUACUUAACACUGCAUGGCAGCACCAGUGUCGGUCCGCUCGAUGUAGGUCAUGUGGUGAAGCGAUCAGAUAUUAGUUCCUAUACUUAACACUGCAUGGCAGCACCAGUGUCGGUCUGCUUAAUUGUUCGGGUCUGGGUAUCAACAUAGUGAAUGGUCGUUCUGGUCAAGAUGAAGGUGUAGGAAAAACCACCUGCGCUGAUUGUUCAGUCAUAGAUUAUUUUCUCCUCACAACUGAUUUAUUUAGUUUUGUACAAGAUUUUUUUGUCGGCGAUUUUAACGGUAUGUUUUCUGAUAAGCAUUGCCCUGUAAGUUUGGUUUGUAAUUGGUGUGGCGAUUAUAGGAAUGAGCAAAAUUUAGCUAUAGAAAGUGAUGAAGUCGUUCCAAAACCAUGGUGUGAUGAAAAAAAGGAUGUCUUUAUGCAACAUUUAGACAGGAGGGUGAUAGACGAAAUAACCAAAUGGACCCAGGAUGUUGGUACUGGUGAUUUAACUGUUGAUCAGAUUGACAAUGUGCUAGAAAAAUAUCAGUCAGUACUGAUUGGUAGUGCUGUUGAAACAUUCGGUGUAAAAGGGAAUAAUAGGAGACAUAGACCUGACAUUUUAAAAAGGAAACCUUGGUAUAAUGAAGAGUGCAGAUUACAGAAAAGUGCUUUUAAUCGUGCCCGGAAGCGUUUUAGAAAUGUUAAGUCGCAUGCAAAUAGGACCCAAAUGAAAAACGAGAGAAAACAGUACAAGAAGUUACUAAAGACCAGUUUACAUAGGUAUAAUCUGAGUAGAAUAGAGGAUCUGAAACAGUUGAAAGACCACGAGUCUCACAAAUUUUGGAAGAUGUUGAAUGUUAGGGGAAAUGAACAAGAUAGAAUACCUGAUAAUAUGCUCGACACUUUACAAAAUCAUUUUAAAGAAUUAAAUGCUGGGAAUGUGGCCGACGAAAGUUUCGAGAUGACUACUGAGCAGAUAAACAGGGGAGAUGAAGUGUUGAAUAGGCAGAUAGAGAGGGGGGAAAUUUUGACCCAAAUAAGAAAAUUGAAGCGGAGAAAGGCCAGUGGAGUUGACGGUAUUACAAACGAACUUAUCAUUAACACCGGGGAGUAUUUAAUAGAUUUUUAUUAUAAUUUGUUUAACAUAAUUUUGGACAGUGGAUGCAUACCGACAAAUUGGAUUAAUGGCAUUAUAAAACCAAUCUAUAAGAAAAAGGGUGAUAGAACAAAGGGUGAGAAUUACAGAGGUAUUACUUUAUUAAGCUGUUUAGGUAAAUUGUUCACAGCUAUUUUAAAUAGCAGGUUAGACGAGUAUGUGAAUUUACACGAGGUAUUAGGUGAAGAACAAACAGGUUUCAGAUCAGGUUACUCUACCAUGGACAAUGUUUUUGUUCUGAAGUGUUUGAUUGAUUUGUAUUUGAGUAAGGGCAAACGCUUAUAUGUGGUAUUUAUUGAUUUCAAACAAGCUUUCGAUAAAAUAUGGAGGUUAGGACUUUGGCGUAAACUUAUUGGAAAUGGUAUAAACGGUAAAAUAUUGAAUGUCAUGGUAAAUAUGUAUGAUAAAGCGAAAUCGUGUGUUCAGAUUAACAAUAAUAGAUCAUAUUAUUUUCCGUGUUCCAUAGGGGUUAGGCAGGGCGAAAAUAUGUCGCCACUCUUAUUUGCGUUAUAUCUAAACGAUUUUGAAAUUUUUUUGAACGACCAUGGUUUUAAUGGUCCUUCUGAUUUACAUAUCAAUAGCCGAUGUGAGUUUUUAGACAACUUGGAGAUUUUUUUGAAGCUGGCAAUAUUAUUGUAUGCGGACGAUAUGAUUCUUAUGGCAGAUGAUCCUAACGAGUUACAAAACGCCCUGAACUUAUUGCACGAUUACUGUGAGGAGUGGCAUCUGAUCGUAAAUAUUAAGAAAACCAAGGCAAUGAUUUUUUCUCGGGGAAAGCUUAGAGUAAAUAUACCGGAAUUUAGAUAUAAUGGGGGUAGGGUCGAGUUGGUAGACCAUUUCACAUACUUAGGCGUAACAUUCUCAUAUAAUGGAAAUUUUGCGAGGGCAAUAAAAGAUAGAUAUAAUAAAGGUAUGAAAGCCAUGUUUGGUGUACUGAGAGCGUGUAGAAGACUUUCUCUUACGGUCGAAUUGAGUCUAGACAUAUUUGACAAAGUAGUCACACCAGUUUUGCUAUACGGUAGUGAGGUGUGGGGUAACCAAAACACCGAGUUGCUGGACCGUGUACAAGUUAAAUUUUGCAAAUAUUUGCUACGAUUACCGUUAAGAACUCCUACAGUAAUGGUAAUGGGAGAACUUGGGCGACACUCUUUGAAGAUUCACAUAGCCGUGCGAAUGUUAUCUUUUUGGAACAGACUCAGAAUUGGAAAAACAGAUAAAUGGGCUUAUAUCUUUUAUAACAUAACUAGGGAGCAUUUAGACAAGGGUUAUUUAAACCAAGGCUGGUGUAAAAGUGUGAGAACUGUUCUAGACGGCUGUGGCCUCACUCAAAUUUGGUAUACUCCCGAGGUUUUGUCCCUACGAGAACUGAAAAUUGUAGUUGAACAGAUAAUGAGAGACCAGUGUGAACAACUAUGGAGAAACGAGGUAAAUAACGAUUUCAGAUGUAUAAUUUAUAGAAUGUUUAAACAAAACCUGAAUAUGGAGCCCUAUGUUAAAAAAUUACCAUUAUAUCAAACGGUCAGUAUUUGUAAAUUUCGUACUGGAUCUAUAAAAUUCCCAGAAACAGUAACCAGAAUGUAUAGAAAUGAAACUGCAGAAAAUAUUUGUGGUCUUUGUGACCAGGUUUGUGUAAGAGACGAACUUCAUUAUUUUAUUACGUGUCCGUAUUUCCGUCACAUGCGAGUAAGGUUGUUUCCAAACUUAAAAGAAUUACCUCAGGUUUUUUAUCAUGAAUUUUUCCAUCGCAUUAUGACUAAAUGUUCCCGGGUAAACUUAGACAAUAUUCAUAGUUUUUGUAAAGAAUUCAUCAGCUUGGUCCACCAUAUGUAAAUGUUAAAUCAUGUAACCUCUUAUACCCGAAAGGGUUUUUUGGAGAGAAAUAAAUUAUGUUAAUUAUGUUAUGUUAAUGAAUCACAUGAUACCAGAUGACCCGUCCUGCACAGGCUCAUUUUAACCCUUCAGGGUUCGGAGAUCUGGGAGAAAUAGAAAUGAUGGCUUGGUUGGAUAUGAAAAAAUUAAAGUAACCUGUAUCAAAUCAAUAAUUUGGAGCUUUGCUUUUUAGCUAUAAACAGUGAGCAAGUUUUGUAAAACUAUCCAUUUCGCCAAAAAAUGGCUCGGUAAGGUUGUCAGUUUUUCGCUACGAAUUGCUCGUCCUUGGUCAUACUUUGUCGGAAUCUGGAAAAGACACUUCAGACUUUGAGGUUUGAGAUGAAUAUCAUGUAUAACACUUUGAUCAACUGAUACCACGUUCUGUGAAGUCAGUUAGUCACAUGUGGCCAAUUUUCAGCUAAAUUUUAAAUAAAAAAUAAAAUAGAUUUUUGAA